AUGGAGUCACACGCCAUGCCUUACCGGACCAGCGGUGGGUUUAGGUGGCGCGCAUGCGCCGCCGUCUUGGCCAUCUCGGCCGUGGCCGCGCUCCUUGUCGCCCACACGCUCACCGUGGCCAGGGUGUCCAGUGACGGGCAUGUCAGGGCCCGUGUCCUGGCAGAGACGGAGAGUAGCACGGGGGAAGGCGGCGGCGGCAACAAGGACCGGUUCCCGUGGAGCAACGCCAUGCUGCAGUGGCAGCGCACAGGGUUCCAUUUCCAGCCGGAUAAGCACUACAUGAAUGACCCCAACGCUCCGAUGUACUACCGUGGAUGGUACCACUUCUUCUACCAGUACAACCCGGGGGGUGAAACAUGGGGCAACAUCUCAUGGGGCCACGCCGUGUCGCGGGACAUGGUCAAUUGGCGCAGCCUGCCCCUCGCCAUGGUCCCCGAGCACUGGUACGAGAGCAACAGCGUCUUGACGGGCUCCGCCACCUUGCUCCCCAACAGCAAGGUCGUCGUGCUCUAUACGGGCAACACGGACGACCUUGCCCAGGUUCAGUGCCUUGCUGAACCUGCGGACCCUAAUGACCCCCUCCUCCGCACCUGGACGAAGUACCCGGGCAAUCCCGUCCUCUUCCCACCCCCUGGGACCUAUAAAAAAGACUUCCACGACCCUAUGACUGCAUGGUUCGAUAAGUCUGAUAACACGUGGCGCACCAUGAUUGGGUCCAAGGGCGACCAUGGUCAUGCCGGCAUAGCCCUCAUGUACAAGACGAAAGACUUCAUCAACUUCGAGCUCAUUCCGCACCCGGUCCACCGCGUUGAAGGCACUGGCAUGUGGGAGUGCGUCGACUUAUACCCCGUCGGUGACAGCAAGAAUUCAUCAGAGAAGGAGUUGUAUGUCUUGAAGGCGAGCAUGGACGAUGAACGGCACGACUACUACGCGCUGGGGAGGUUCGAUGCGGCGGCCAACAAGUGGACGCCCUUGGACCCGGAAUUGGAUGUGGGGAUCGGCCUGAGGUACAACUGGGGAAAGUUAUUUGCGUCCACAUCCUUCUAUGAUCCUGUGAAGCGGCGGCGCGUGAGCUGGGGGUAUGUCGGUGAGACCGACUCCAACCUUACCGACAUCGCCAAGGGAUGGGCAAACCUCCAGGCGAUUCCAAGGACAGUGGUGCUGGAUGAAAAGACCCAGACGAACCUACUCCAAUGGCCGGUGGAGGAGAUCGACACCCUCCGCUAUAACACAACCAAUUUCGGUAGCAUCAUCGUCAGGACCGGCUCUGUCAUCCCCCUCCGCCUGCACCAAGCUGCUCAACUCGACAUCGAGGCCUUCUUCCGGCUCAAUGCUUCCGCUGUCGCUGCCCUGAACGAGGCCGACGUCAGCUACAACUGCAGUACCAGCGGCGGUGCUGCCAACCGUGGCGUGCUCGGACCCUUUGGCCUCCUAAUCCAUGCCACCAAGAGCCGCAGUGAACAAACGGCGGUGUACUUCUACGUGUCCAGGGGCCUCGAUGGGGGCCUCCGGACCCACUUCUGCCACGACGAGUCGCGGUCAUCUCGGGCCAAGGAGCCGGUGAAGUGGGUAGUCGGAAGCACCGUGCCGGUGCUCCAUGGAGAGGCAUUAUCUGCUAGGGUGCUUGUGGAUCAUUCGAUAGUGGAGAGCUUUGUGAUGGGAGGGAGGUUGACUGCAACGUCGCGGGUGUACCCGACGGAGGCAAUUAACGCGGCAGGUGGGGUAUGUGUUUUCAACAAUGCUACUGGCUCCACAGUUACCGUCGAGAAGCUCGUGGUGCACGAGAUGGCCUCAUCGCCAUUAAAGCCAUAUGUUGAAGGACGAGACUAA